AUGAAGUAUUCAAAUUUAUUAUUACCCGUAGCUGCGACAGCAGCCACCAUUAAUUUGCUUGCGCCCAAUCGGCUUGGCAUACGUGACAGAGUGGCAACUGAUCGGUUUCGAACAUUUGCAAGCAAUGAAUCUUUUCUUCCUCAUUCCGUAAAACCAUAUUCGAUUGAUAGCUACAGGAAGAGAGAUAAUCAUAAGCUCUUGCUUGCUGAUGACGGCGGCAAUGAAGAUAAGGUUUAUGACAGUAAGAAAGAGGACUCGAAGAAGGAUGAGAACAAGAAGGAUGAGGACAAGAAAGAUGAGGACAAGAAAGAUGAGGACAAGAAAGAUGAGGACAAGAAAGAUGAGGACAAGAAAGAUGAGGACAAGAAAGAUGAGGACAAGAAAGAUGACUCAAAAGAGAUUGAUUUCUAUGAUCCCGAGAUGUUUGAAAAGCCUGGUCCAAUGUCAGAGCUUUGUAAAAAUGAUGUUCAUAUCAUAGAGACUUCUGGCGACCUCUACCACUUACAAGCCCAAUGUGACACUCUUUUGGGCAGUAUUCACUUUGCGAACUAUGCCGAUGCUUUGAUCGAUUUUGGUAAUAUUCAGAGUGUAAAAGGCUCAAUUUAUGUCGAGAAAAGUUCUCAUCUCGUUAAAAUUGAAGGAAGCAAAUUGCAAGCUGUAGGGGAGACCUUCUCCUUGCAAAGCUUGACGUCGCUAGUUUCAAUCAAUCUACCAUAUCUUAAAGAGGCCAGAGUGAUUGACUGGAAAGUCCUUCCAAUUUUGAACGAAGCAUUAAUCAAUGAAAAUCUGGGCGGACUGAAAAGUCUUACCAUCUCUGACACAUCCUUGUCCACCAUUGAGGGUUUUAAAAACGUCGAAGAUGUUGAGAUUUUUCAAGUAAACAAUAACAGGUUCUUGGAGACAGUCAAGGCAAAUAUUCAGUAUGUCAGACAAAAGCUGAGCGUGCAUGCCAACGCUCGAGAGACCGAAUUGGAGAUGCCUAAACUUAUCUCAGCAGAGAAUAUUACCGUCAGAGACACUUCCUUGGCUUAUUUCCCAAAGCUCGAGACUGUUGGGAGCUCAUUUGAGCUUAUUCAAAAUCAGUUCAGUGAAAUGCAGGUACCAAAUUUGAAAACAAUUGGUGGUACUUUAGGCAUCAUCGAUAAUGUGAACCUCAAGCUUGCCAACUUUCGCAAUGUAACUGACAUUGAAGGGGGUUUGAUGAUUGCUAAUAACACCAAACUUGAGAAGAUUGACUUUUUCACUAGUUUGAAGCAAAUAGGCGGAGCCAUUUAUUUCGAAGGAAAGUUCAGUGACACUGAUUUCCCUCAGUUGAAGUUGGUAAAAGGCAGCGCAUUGAUUAAAACAAACUCCGGACAGAUGGAUUGCUCCAAAUGGACGACACCAAAGAAUGGGCGUUCCAUUGUUAGAGGUGGUAAAAUCACCUGCACUUCUGGUCGGAGACAAAAGUCCCAGAGCGUGAGCCAGGAUGGUGCUGUCUUGAGCGAAACAGUUGAAGAUCAUGAGAGCGAUGGGGAUUCCGGCAAUGACAGCAAAGGCGGUUUUUUUUCCAAUAAUUCGCGUUCUAGCGAUGCUAAGCUUGAGAAACCAAACCUAUCCUGGGUCUUGUGCGUCGCUCUACUUGCUAUAGGCCAUAACUUUCUGUGA